UAGCUAGAAGUAGUUACACCGUUUGGCUACUGAAUUGUGUGACUUUUCUGAGUGUCGGUCUUAUUAUUGCAAUCUAAAUCUGUGUCUUUUCGUGACUGUUUUGACAAACCGACAUCUGGAUCUACAGUUCUUGAUCGAUAAAUCAUAAAAGACGAGGAGAAGUUCAAUCAAAAUCCAAGAAAUAAACUAAAUCCAAAAUGUAUGCCGCAGCAUCGAUUCAAAAUACAAAAAGAUUGAAACUGGAUGAUAUGAAUUUGUCAAAAGUGGAAGUCAAUAAUAAUUGCGACACAUCUCCCGGUGAACUAUCAAUCCACUUUAGUGAAAGUCAGAAUCUAGAAAGCAUGAUCAAAGAUAUGCAUGCAGAUUUAUUAUGUCGACCCCUAUCUGAUGAUAUAAAAGCGAAUUUUCGUGACCACAUCCUGCGGCGCAGCAAUCAUUUGAGAGCGAACACUAAGCAUCAAUUGCUCUAUCAAAUCAGCAAUUUAGGAAACAAUAACGACCCCUCCGUCACCGGUAGUGAUAAAACCUUCAAACCAGCCGAAAGUGUUACCCUCGAAACUCAACUAACUGACGACCAAAAAACCCUAAUUAUUAGUAAAGAAAACGAAAACCUUACUCAAUUCAUCCGAUCUAAUUCAGACCGUUUGCGCCAAUUCAAUUUUCGUGUUGAUGAUUCCCUGGAGGAGGAAUUCGCCAUGGACAACUGGAACAGUCCUAAUCCUACGGUACGUAUCAGUCGACCUAAGUAUAACUGGCUUGAAAAGAUCCGAAAAUACGAAGAGACUUUACCGACAAAACCCACUAAAAACACAAAUCAGGCAGAGCUAAUCAUAGAGAGCGAUAUCGAUACAAUGAUUAUAGAGUUAGAAGGGUUCGUCACAAGGAGAUUAAUUUGGGAAAACACACACUUAAUCAAUCGCUACAAGAAAUACUAUAAAUUUCUUCAAGAUCAGCUAAGAGAAUUGAAAGAAGAAAAAUCACUUUUGGGAGAUUCUAAUUCUACCAAUAUGACUGACAAAAUCUGAAUCUUGGAGAAGGACCCUUUAUAGAAUCCGCUGGAAUGACCAACAUUCUUUUGGUCACUACAACUGCAGGCUGACACAUGCGAACUUGACGUUACCAAAGGAUACAGGUAGAGAUACUUCAAUAUUUUUUUGACAACUAGGACUUCGCAUCACAAAAGUGAAAGAUACUUAGGAGCUAAAUGACUAAUUCGUAAAUUAUAAAUUUACCUUAAAACUAGAAACAAA